CCUCUAAAAUUUGAAGGUUGGAGGUCAUGGAUUCUAAUGGCAAAGCCAUGGACAGCAAUGAUACAUUGGAAUGGAGAGAAGAAGAUUAUUAUCUGCAAAAAGUUCCAACAAAUGACUUCUCUCAGUGCCUAUGGGAUAAUGUGAAUGUAAAUGAGGACAAUUUGAUAUACUUGCUUGAUGAACAAACUCCGAUUAAGGAUUGUGCAGACUUAAGUUACCAAGUUUACGAUGUUGUAGAUAAUGCUAACAAGGGAAUGGAAGACUGCAUAGAGACUUCACAAAUGAAAAGGAGGCGAAUGCUUCAGUUCACUUCAGAUUCUACUGAAACUGACAUUGGCCACGGGCAUUUUACAUCUUUAUAUCUGAAAUCUAAGGUUCGUGAAGAUUCACUGAUGGAAGAUGGCGCAUCGGAGAACCCGGAAUGGGAUUCUCAUUGGAAUUCAAGUACUCGAGAUGAUGGAAGCACCUUUGAGAUUGAAGGUUGGGAUCUGGCAUCAGAGGGAUGGCUCGCAAAUUGCCUUGACAAUAGUGAGAUGCAUUGCAGCCUCAAUGAGAUGGAUGAUUGCAUGGUGACCGAUGACCAAGUUGAUCCUUCAGAAAUCAUUAAACAUGAGACGGAAACAGAUGCCCUGCGAGAGACGCCCAAUCCCUCACCCAUCAAGAUUAUUAAGGGCAGGACCUCUUUCCUUAGAACUCCAAAGAAAUUGGUUACUCCUGUUGCUUACCCUUUUGCACUCAUAAAACCAUGCGGAGUUCAAGGAGACGUGACUUUGAGGGAUAUAAAUCAAAGGAUUCAUGCUCCGCCACCAUCAAGAUCAAAGAACAAGAUGGACGAUGAUCCUUCAUCGUCUUUUCCGACUUCAGCUUUUUCUGGAAAGCCUGUCGUUCUCAAAACGAAGAUCCACACUGAAGGUGGAAAGGGCAGCAUUACUAUCAUGAGAACCAAAGGCUGAGUAGAUAAGCAUAUAUUUUUCUUGUAUCUUUUGUGUUGUGGCCUUUCUCUCAUGCAUCUCAUUUUGUCUUAGUUUUGCAUGAUAAGCUUUGGCCGGGCCUGGGUGUUAUGUGAAUGUAUUAUAUGGAAUCCUUGUUACUGCCAAUAAUACUUUUGUUAGUGGAACCUUAUGUUCAAGCUAGUUCAAGCCAAGUUUUCAUUU